UUCUUCUCUCUCUCCUCUCUCUUUCUCAAUCUCUUUUGCUCUCCUCUCUCUCUCUUUCUCUCUCCCCCUCCUGCUCUUCCAAGAAGGGGGCGUGGGGGUGUCUGUCCUCCUCCUCUGCUUUUGUUCCCCCUCGCAAGAGCUCCACAACUGCCUGACAUCACGCGUCGCCCAUUCAGCGUGGAGAAGGAAGAAGAGAGAAAGGGGGGGGGGGGAAACCGCGCUCCCCCCGCCGCAGCUCCUCUCAAAAGGCGCCGGCAGCCUCGCCCGGCGCUCACAGGGCGCGGAGGAAGCGCCUCGCAGAGUUGAGCAUGCAUCUCCCAACUUUUGCCCGAGAGAGGCGGCGGCGGCGGCGGCGGCGGCGUCUGCAGGGGAGAAGGUCCGGGGCCCCUGCGGGGCUGUGAGUUGCCCGUCGGCGAGAGGGGCCAAAAGGAAAGGAGCGUCCGGGGGGGGGGUGGAUCAUCUGCCGGGCUGAGCCUUAGCAGGCUAGCAGCAGGAACGGUCGGAGUUUGCGGCUGGCAGAGCAGAGGCUUCCCCGGGUUGAAUCCCAGGACGGGAGCAGGUCCCGGCGCCCCAGUUUCUCUCCCCCUGGCCUUCUGCUCCUCCUCUUCCUCUGGAUCCGGUACAAAUGGAGGCCUCUGAAGGGUGGCCCUCCAGGCGCCCCUGAAGCUGAGAAACUAGCCCCCCUCCCUGGGGUGGGCCACCUCAAAAUGACCAUGGGCACCUUAGAGGGCAAGGAGAGCUACAGCCUCCAAGCCACGGCCACCAUCGCUGCGGUCACCACUUUCCUGAUCCUCUUCACCAUCUUUGGCAAUGUUCUGGUGAUCAUCGCCGUCUUGACCAGCCGGUCCCUGAAGGCUCCUCAGAACCUCUUCCUGGUGUCCCUGGCGGCUGCGGACAUUCUGGUGGCCACCCUCAUCAUCCCCUUCUCCCUCGUGAACGAGCUGAUGGGCUACUGGUACUUCAGCAAGAGCUGGUGCAAAUCCUACCUGGCGCUGGAUGUCCUCUUCUGCACAGCUUCCAUUGUGCAUCUCUGUGCCAUCAGCCUGGACCGCUACUGGUCGGUCAGCCAGGCCAUCGAGUACAAUUUCAAGAGGACCCCCCGGCGAAUAAAAUGCAUCAUCCUGAUGGUGUGGCUGAUUUCGGCCUUGAUCUCCCUGCCCCCGCUGGUCCUCAAGGAGAACCAGGACCAGGCCCAAGAGGACGUACCGACGUGCGAACUUAACAAAGAGCCGUGGUAUGUCCUGUCCUCCAGCACCUGCUCCUUCUUUGCUCCCUGUGUCAUCAUGAUUUUGGUGUAUCUCAGGAUCUAUUUUAUAGCCAGGCGCCGGAACAGACACGGCUCUCAGGCUCAGGUGCCCAAAGAGAAAGCCGGAGACGAGGAGCCACCGAACAAGGUGAGCCCACCUGAUGUUGCUCUUCCCAAGCAGGACCAGGCAAGGCCAGGAGGGAAAGUGGAGUCCAAUGGACUUCAGGUCCCUCCCCAAGAAGGCGACCAAGCAGACUCCCAUUCGCUCUCCACCAAAACCUUUUCUCUCCAAAGCCAGGAUGGCCGAGACCCAGAGCCAGACUCUGCCGGUAGCCCUUCCCCAUCCUUGCCAGAGAAGAAACCAUCUUCGGAAUCCAGCCCCGCGGACUGCCUGUCCCGGAACAACGUCCAGAGAAGCAACGGAGCUCCUUCCAGAUCUCCACCAGCCAUGGACACCUUGGCCACGGCCAGAGGGGAGGUCCUGCUGGUGAGGAAAGUGAAGACCCUCAGUGCCAACCCCUGGAAGAGGAAGACCCACCUCAACCGAGAAAAGAGAUUCACCUUUGUUCUCACGGUGGUGAUUGGGGUUUUUGUGAUCUGUUGGUUCCCUUUUUUUUUCCUCUACAGCCUGCGGGCCAUCUGCCCCUCGGACUAUUGCUCCAUCCCGGACAGCACCUUCAAGUUUUUCUUCUGGAUCGGGUACUGCAAUAGCUCCUUGAACCCCGUCAUCUACACCAUCUUCAACCAGGACUUCCGCAAAGCCUUCCGGAAGAUUCUCUGCCGGCAGUGGACUCAAACGGCUUGGUGAGACCGGCUGCAAUCCAACCGGGAGAGACAAAGAGGGAAUAUGGUUUGGGUCCACAGGGAACUUGGCAACUUUGUAAACAAAAGCCAGGAACCUAUUUAUUUGGGGCCUUUUGUGUUUGCAGGUGAGGGAGCGAGGUGAGUGUUGGAUCUAACGUGGCUUUUUUAGAAAGUUUAUUUUGCCUCAACAGUGGGGAAGCAAGUGUGUGUAAGUUCCAGAGAGAUGAGCAUGUGUAGAAACCUCUGCACAUGGACAUGUUUUCUGCCAAUGUAUGUUUUCCACUAAAAUGACUUGCCAAUGUC